CUUCUCUGGGGUCAUGGCUGGCCCCCUCCCCGCAUUUCCCACACACAAACAUAUAUACUACACCCACACCACACUCUCAUCCCACAGCCAAUAAGGGCCAGAUGAGCUCAAGUAUCACUGUAACACAAGGACAUAUUCUCUGAGCAGAAGCUCCAGAUUGUGCACACCUUCAUCUUCGCCGUCACAGGAGCUUCUCUUCCUCCCUGAGCUGCAAGGUCUGCUGUCACCAUGUCUGACACUGAGGAAGUGGAUCAGUACGAGGCCCAGGAGGAGCUAGUAGAAGUAGAGGUAGCCCCUGAGGCGGAGGCCCAGGUAGAAGCAGAGCCAGAGGUAGAGCCUGAACCUGAGGUAGAGCCUGAACCAGAGCCACCGGUGGUGGUUCGUGAGGAGGAAGACGGCUAUGAAGAGGAAGUGGAGGAGGGAGAUCAAGAUGAGGAGAAGCCAAAGUUCAAACCAACUGCUCCAAAGAUCCCUGAUGGGGAGAAGGUUGACUUUGAUGACAUCCAGAAAAAACGUCAAAACAAAGACCUCAUCGAGCUUCAGUCGCUGAUCGAUGCUCACUUUGAGUGCAGGAAGAAAGAAGAAGAGGAGUUAAUUGCUCUCAAAGAAAGAAUCGAAAAGCGUAGAGCUGAGCGAGCUGAGCAGCAAAGGAUUCGAGCUGAGAAGGAUAAGGAGCGCCAAGCCAGACGGGAGGCAGAGAGGAUAAGAAAGGAGGAGGCUGAUGCCCACAGGAAGGCUGAAGAUGAAGCCAAGAAAAAGAUUGCUCUAUCUAGCAUGGGAUCAGGUUUCAGCAGCCAUCUGCAAAGGGUGGACCAGAAGAGAGGCAAGAAGCAGACUGAGAGGGAGAAGAAGAAGAAGGUCCUGGCAGAGAGAUGCCAACCUCUGGCCAUUGACAAUCUAAGUGACGACGCACUGAGGGAAAAAGCGAGGGAGAUGUGGGAGUGGUUGCACAGCCUGGAGGAGAUUAAAUAUGACCACUGCGAGAAGCUCAAGAGACAGAGAUAUGAGGUGAUCUCUCUCAGAAAUCGCAUUGAUGAGCUCCAAAAACAUAGCAAGAAAGGAGCCCACUCUCGCCGCAGGAAGUGAGGUCUGCGCCAGUCAGGAAACAACGUUGUCAAUGCUGCGACCGCCUCACCCUCGAGAACACUGCAGCGUCAGUACUACAACGACAACUGGACGUCUUACUGCCUCUGUUUGCUUAGAGAAACUGUUUUCUGGAUGGAUUUACCUCCAACCAAUACAUCAAAAGUUCAUCAUUGUGUUUGUAUAAAGAUGGUGUGACUGUCCAGAAAAUAA